AUGUCGGCCUUCAUCCUUGCUGCGGCGCCCGCCCAGCUAGCUUCUUCUGCCGACCUCCACCUCCUGCCAUUCGCCCUCUCCCCGACCCCACCCGCCGCCUCUGCCUCCACGGCUGCCUUCUUCCCGUUCCGCGGCCGCGCGGUUGCUGGACAGCGCAUCGAGCUGCCGAGGGGAUACCGGGGUGUGGUGCUGCGCGCAGACGGCCUGCCUGGCGCUGGCGCAGCUGCGGACUCGAACGACGACGCGGCCGCGUUGACCGCCACGACAUCAUCACACGCACCUGCUCCUGGACCCGGCGAGGCCUCUACGUCCGCGUCGGGACGCACGACGCGCUCCGCAGGCCGCGCAAAGGGCUCGGGUCAAGUGGCGCUCUCGCGCCCGCGCCGUGCAGGACGGCAGGCCGUGAAGCGCAUCAAGGUCGAUGAGGAAGACGAGGAAGACGACGUCGUCGCCCCCCUGCGGCGUGAGGCUGACGCCCGCGCCAAGCCUGCCGAGGAGGAUGUGCCGAGGAUAGAGGUCGUGCGGGCUACCCCAGAGCCGGAGGUGGAGGCGGAGGCAAAGGAGGAGGCCGAGGCCGAGACAGAGACCAGUGUCGCCGAGGUGAAUGGAAAUGGAGCGGCAGGAGACGACGCCGGCGAGGCCAACGCGACCGAGAUGCAAGUCGACACCACAACCACACCGACCACGACCGCCGCAGCCGCAGCUGAGAUCAAGCCCCCGACCCACUACCCCGCAGGCGCGCGCGUCCUCGUCCCCUCUGCGGCCUUUUCGGCCUUCAUGCUCUGGACGCCAGACGCGCCGCUUGCGGGAUUUGACGCCGACGAGCUGAACAAGGACACGACAGCCGAGGCCGACCCCAAGCCCCAGACCGAGACCAACGGCACUAACGGCACCACGACCGACACGGACUCGGACACCAAACCCGACGCCGACGCCGACGUCGACGCCGGCGCGCCCGCACCCGCGCCAGUGUCGCGCCUCGAGCCGUCGUGGUGGCGCAAGGGCGGCGCCGGCGAGGGCGGCGACGAAUUCGUGCGUGCCCUCGGCGAGUUUAUUGGCCUGGGCGAGAUUAUCCACAAGCGCGUGUACGAAGACGACGACGAUGACGACGACGAUGACGAGGAGUAG